AUGAGGGACGAGACAGUGAUCAGCGAGCGCCUCAGUAUCGCUCACACGGACUACAUGUACCUUUGUGUUUGUGGAGAGAUAUUCUCGUCAUUGUACGAGCUCACUCCAGUCGGACAGUGGACAGAGUUACAAUACCGGCUUUCUGAGAGCUACACCGAUAUGCUCGCAUUCGCCGUCAUUGGUCCUAUUACUCAAAUACUGGUCGUAGAAGGCAACAAAAACACCGUGCUGAUGUUUUCGGUGCGUGAUUCUGAAGUGGUCGAUCGUCGCCGCAUUGCUCUCUGUCAGAGACCGGGAGCCUUGGCAGAAGACGACAGGCAGGACGACUAUUUGUGGCAAAUCGUGCAGCAGCGGCUAUACAACUGGUGGAUACGGUUCGAUGGAUAUCAGCUCGUAAUGUGGCGUUGGCUGACGCUAUGGUACCGCAUUUCUUCUCCGCCUCAUGGGGACUGCUGGCCAUACCUUUGA